AUGGCUGCUUAUUAUCCAGACAAUCUUUCCCAACAACAACAAAAUGACAUGGCUGGUUUUGUAAAAAUAUUUUCCAAAUUUUAUCCCUUUGAAGACUGUGCUUCACAUCUUAGAGAAAGGUAAGUUUUAGCGCAGCAAUACAGGCAUUAGAUUUUUCCUUUGACUGAAAAUUGUGUACUGUUUAUCGUGAUUUUUUUUUCAUUCAGGUUACAAACUCACCCCCAUGACAUAAGCAACAGAUACAGUUUUUGUCAGUGGAUGUGCCAUGUGCUUAAUGAAGUGAACAAGAGGCUUGGAAAAAAAGAAUUUGAUUGUUCAAAGGUUGAUGAGCGAUGGCUUGAUGGUUGGAAAGAUGGAUCAUGCGACUAA